AUGCUUUCCAGGAGAAAUAUCUGUGUACCUAAGGCAAUUGAAGUGGAUGACACAGCUGUUGUAAAUUCAUUUAUUGUUUGUAAAAAGUUAGAAAUUUCUCAAGAACAUAAAAAGUUUAGAAUGCAAAUAGUUAAAGAAUUGAUUAAGGAAGCAAUUCAAAACCCAUUAAAAAGAAAUACUCAUAAUGGAGAAGAUGGAGAGACAUCUGAAAAGAAAAGUGACAAUAAAAGAUACCGUGUUUCUGACAUUUUUGAAUUACCAGCAACUAGAUUAAUUGGUAAUGAUCAUUUUCCUGAAUACUGUGAAGAAUGA